CAACACUACUAUAUAACAAAUAAUUUGAGAUGUGAAGUAAAGUCACAUCAGAGAUGAGCAGUGAAAUACGCAUCAGAAGUGCUCUUCGAGUGAGGAUCGGUGAAGCAAAGAGCCUGCCCUCGAAAUCCUGCAGAAUAUUGCCAGGAUGUCCAAACACUUACUGUGUCAUAAAUCUUGACAAAGAGGAGCUUUUUGAAACUGAAAUUGUCUAUGGUACACCCUGGCCAAUUUGCUGGUUGAGGGUCACUACUUAUAAUGCUCCGUUUUUCUGUGAGCAGUUCGAGUUUGAGAUUCCGAGAGCGUUCUGGACGAUAGGAUUUCACCUCAUCACAACAGACACAACUUUCUCCAUUACCAAUGUCUCCACAAUUGGCAAGGUGACGUUUACCAAGGACCAGCUAAGUAAGAUACCCAACAAAGACCAGUGGUACGGACUAAAGAGUGUCAAAUGUGACUCGGAGGCUCAGGGUAAAGCGAACGUGGCGAUGUGCAUUGCAACUGAUAACAACGAAUCUAUAAUCCUCCAAGUCAGGUUAAAAGAGUGUGCUAACCUGUACAUGAGUGAUCUGCAGAAGGUUCAGCCGUACGCUGUUUUGGAGAUAGUGGGUCCUAAUAACUCCAUCAGGAGCCGAACUCAGGAGACCAAAACGUUGAGACGAAGUACCAACAUGCAGUGGAAAUCUCAAACUUACGAGUUCAAGCUGAACGACAUUUUGAAGAGAUGUAACAGCGACCUGUGUAACCUCUCCCUCAAGGUAGAUUUCUUCCACCACAACGGAGUGUUCAGAGAAGGCACGUUCCUGGGGGAGGUGAUAGCUGGACUAGCUAACGUUUCCCAUUCCUGGUCAGACAGAUGGUAUUUUCUCUGUCCAAAACUUAGUGAUAUCAUAAUACAGCCUAAUCAUGACCUGGGCUCACUUCGGUUGAAGAUAGAGUACAAAGAGGACCACAUCUUGCCCAGUACACAUUACGAACCAUUAUUACAACUUCUGGUUAACUCUCUCAAUAACCCAGAGGAUAUAGAGAGUAGCGUGUUGGUAUUAACCUCCACUAUGUUUAACGAACAACUUAUAAACAUUGCCCAAGCUCUCGUCAGAAUAUUCGCACAUCUUUACCGGGUAGAAGAAUUGUUGUUGAGUUUAACGAAUCUUGAUAUGAUAAAAACAAGCAACCCUAACACCCUCUUUCGGGCGAAUUCCUUGGCAACCAAAGGAGUUGACGAAUUAAUGAAGAUGAUUGGUCGACCUUAUCUCCGGAGAGUCCUAAAGCCGAGCCUUGAUACGAUACACAAGGAGAACCUUUCGUGUGAGAUAGACCCAGCCAGAUUGAGAUCUAGUGAUAUCUUGGAGUGUAAUCUGGACAACCUGACUCGUAAUAUCGACUCAGUCUACUCGGCUAUAAUCAACAGUGGGGGAGAUUGUCCCUUCACCCUCAGUUCGCUUUUCAGCAACCUUCAGAAACAAGCCAUUCUACACUUCCCCGAUGUGAACGAUAUCAGAUAUACUGCAGUCAGUGGUUUUAUCUUCCUCAGACUGUUUGCUCCCGCAAUACUCAACCCAAAACUCUUCCAACUACAGUCGCGCAGACCUAGUAGAGAAACCAGCAGAACGUUGACCCUGGUCUCCAAAGUAAUCCAGAGUCUCGGUAACCUCGACACCCACCAGGCCGGCAAGGAGAAGUAUAUGGAAGCUAUCAGUCAGAGAGUACUUGACAUGAAACACGUCAACGGAGUCAAACAGUUUCUAGAGGACGUAUGCAAGACAGAACAGAAGGACGACUCAUCCUCCAACAACUACAACAAAGAAGGGAAGCUUGUAGAAUACCGUUUAGCAGGGCUUAUAGGCCGGGACUAUAGUAACAAGAGAAAGAAGUUAUACAGACUCAACGACCAAGGCUUUACUUGUCUCAGAUAUGAUGAAUCGUACACGAUAAAAAGGUCCGAUAUAAAAUGUGUCAGCAGAGUAGACGAAGACGCUUUCGGAGUACCCCAUAUUUUCCAGAUUAUACAUUCCAAAGGUACGGUAUACUUGCGAGCCAACAACUCUGUUGACCACUUCGACUGGAUAACUUGUCUCACAAAGAUGUGUAAAGAGAGUGGAUCUAAAGUGGAGAAGUACCACACUGGAGCCCUACUUCACAGCAAGUGGACCUGUUGUGGAAGUAAGAAUGCCGCUCAUGAAACAGAAGGAUGUCACGUUGUACCGGAUGAAAAGGAACAGAUUCCCGAAAUUGACAUCUACAGGGAAUUGCAAAGGUUGUAUCAGAUCCUGAUCGAUGGCAUGAAUAAGAUGGAAACCUAUCGUACAUCCUUACAAAAUAACAAAGCGGGGGAUGACGUAGAACUUAAUAGAAAAUCUCUACAGUCUCUAAAUAGUCUUAUUAAAGUUAUUCAAGAUCUACAGUCGACUCAUGAACACUACGAACUGAAUGAUAGUGGCAUAUCUCCUGGCAACAGACAUGUGCCGCUGGGACCACUUCCACAAGGAUGAAAGUAGAACCUAAAACCACCAAACAGACCAAGGACCGUUACUAAGUAACCGUUACUAAGUAACUGUCACUUCAGCUCCUGUCCGAUACACACCCACCCAAUAACUCUCUCAGUAGCUGCUUUCCGCUGAACACUGGCAAGUUGCCAGAAUCCGUCUGAUUUUGAGAGUCUUGUUUUUAGGCCUGGAAUGUGCGGAAGAACUCGUAGGAUUUGGGUGGGACUGUACUGUGUACAGUUCUACUUACUUAUCCGCACUGGAUGUGUUCAUUUUACAUGGUGCAGUGGGCACUAGAAGCAUGCACAGUGCAAAGCUCUCAGUGCGCACUGGGUUUAGUGCGCACUGGGUGCAACGUGUACUGCUUCCCCAGAGCACACCCUGUACCUGUACAGUGCUGUGCGUGUACUGCUUCCCCAGAGCACACCCUGUACAGUGCUGUGCGUGUGGACGGUGUGUUUUGCGCUCAAUGCGCAUCAGCGUGCUGGAAAUUGGUAUUAUGCGCUAUGUGCUGCUGUAUUGGAGUAAAGUGAAUCAGGAGCCUGGAAUUCAGUUCAUAGUAAUGACUUGUUAAAUAGUUAUCUUUCCAACCACCUAGGAUCCUCCUUUCAAAAUAUAAUGUAUAUUGCUUACUUCAGGUAAGUGAUAUAUAAAUAUAAUAUAUUUUAGGUUUUAUUUCUGCUAAUUUCACUUUAUUACUCUCGUCUGUGCCGCUAAAUUAUUUUCUCAUCAACAAGAUUGUCUCAUGUAGGAAUAUGUUUGUCAAUAAAUUCAAAAUUUGUGCGAAUUGGUACAUUGAUCUGUAGAUUUGUAAAUAUGAAAUUUUUAGACUGAAGCUCAAGUCGAGUCAAAAUAUUUUUUUAGUAUUUUUACGUUUCUUAAACGUGGGAAGCUGUGUUAAGAAGCUUUAUCACUGCAGUGUUUCCACCUAUAUUGAAGACGCCCGAUCAUUGCACGUGACACUGACCAGUGUUUUCUAAGGUGCGCUGAGCUGCGGCGCACUCAAUGAUUGUGCGUCGCAACCAUAGGUGGGAUUCACCUGUCCGUUAUCAAGGAUGAAAUUUAUUUUAUGUAGCCUUCCUCUUAUGCUCUCUGAUUUUAUUGAUAAUUCCUGUCCUGACUAUUUUAAGCGGAAUAUUGUAAUUUAUAAACUUAAAAUUUUUUAGAGCCGUGUACAGAGAGACAAUGUAACAUUUUGCUUUAUGAUUGAUUAUAAUUAGUUAUAAUUAUAAUUAGUUAUAAUUGUAAUUAACUUAUAAUUAUGAUUUUGCUUUAUAAUUAAUCGCCUAAUAACGUUUUAACCGGUUAAUAGAGUUUAGAAGUGAUUUGUUAUUAUCCCCUAGCAAUAACGUGUAAUUGUAGCUAUCUGAUAUCAACUGUAUAGACAUUUAAUAAUAUAAUCACUGUUCUAUCCUCGUAAUGAUCGCAUUUAAUUGAUCAGCUCACAGUAAUAACCUUAUAUAUUGCAAUGACGAUUUAUCUUUGUGAUGUUCAACACUUAGUGCCAUGCACGUGCUACGUUGCUGCGCGCAAACUGCGCGAUGCAAAUGAGUUUUCUCAUCACGCUGCACGUGCAUGCUGUUACAGGUCGAACAAAAUUGUUUUUUCCGAGCAUCAGGAAUUGCUCCUGAAUGAUAGUCUUACAAUCGACUGGAACUUUUAUUAUUACAUAAGUUUAACACGCAUGUUAUUUGAACUAUUUAAUCCUAAUCACAUACAUCAUAAAUCACACUAACUUACAAUUUACAUGCACACCAACUUGUAUUCAC